GGUGAAUAUGACCGAGAUUUCGAGAAGGUCAAGCAUAGAGAAGCUGCGUAUAAAGCUCGUAUGGACAAAGCAGACAGUGCUAGAAGAAAGUUUAUAGACGAACUUCAACAGAGGGAAAAAGAAUCUGCUGAAAGAUCCAAGAGUGCAGAACAUCUUACACCUGCUCAAGCCUAUCAGAGGAGAAAGGAAGAGCUGAAAUGGAAGCCGUCAAAGGACGGUGAUUACGACGAAGACAGCCUAAGGAAACUAUACAAAGAGUAUGGUACUAUUGAAACAAUAACGCCAAUACGGACUACAAAAAAAGGCGAACGAUUGUGCAUGAUUGAAUUUGACACUAGCCUUACUGAAUUAGGAGCAGAACUGGAACGAGGAAAAGAUGGUCCUGAAAUAUCAGGUAUGCUCUGA